AUGAACCAUUCAUCCAAGCGGAUCAAGACCAGUGCUGGCUCUCAGCAUGCUGAUGGUGGAAACCCUUAUCUUGCCCAUAUGAACAAAGGAAUGUCCAACUCUGCUACUGGAAUGCUUUCUUUUAGAAACACUACGGUUGAGCAAGCUGAAGAAUUGGAAAAUGGUUCUGUCAAUCCAUUCAAUGGUCGUCCAUUCACUGACCAGUAUAAAAAGAUCUUGAACCAACGUCACCAUCUUCCUGUUCAUAAACAACGAAAAGAAUUUUUGAAUCUUAUUCGAGACCACCAAGUUCUUGUUCUUGUUGGUGAAACGGGCUCCGGCAAAACCACACAAAUACCUCAAUUUUUAGUAUAUGAUGAGCAACCUCAGCAAACUGGUAUGCUGAUUGCAUGCACACAACCUCGUCGAGUCGCUGCAAUGUCUGUUGCAAAACGUGUGGCUGAUGAAAUGGAUGUUAAAUUGGGCGAAGAGAUUGGUUACAGUAUUCGUUUUGAAGAAUGUACUUCAAAGCGUACGCUUCUCAAGUACAUGACUGAUGGUAUGCUUCUUCGUGAAGCAAUGAACGACCCAUUGCUUUCACGCUAUUCUUGUAUUAUUCUUGAUGAGGCACACGAGCGUACCAUUGCUACAGAUAUUUUAAUGGGUUUGAUCAAGCGUAUAUGCAAUGCACGUAAAGAUCUCAAAGUCGUCGUCAUGUCCGCCACUUUGGACGCUGAAAAGUUUCAGUCGUACUUUGGUAAUGCUCCUUUGAUGAUGGUGCCUGGUCGUAAAUUUCCUGUUGAAAUCUACUACACCCCUGAGCCCGAGCGUGAUUAUUUAGAAGCUUCAAUCCGCACAGUUUUGCAGAUUCACUCUUGUGAACCGCAAGGUGAUAUUUUGUUAUUUUUAACUGGUGAGGAAGAGAUUGAAGAAGCGUGUCGGAAGAUUCGUGGUGAGAUUGAAAAUCUUGCAAGUACAUCUCCGGCUCUUAUAGGAGAUGUUAAAGUGGUUCCACUCUAUUCAUCACUUCCACCUGCCAUGCAACAACGCAUUUUUGAAGAUGCACCAACAAGCAAGCCAGGCCGUCCACCAGGUCGUAAAAUUGUUGUGUCUACCAAUGUUGCUGAAACAUCCUUGACCAUUGAUGGUAUCGUGUAUGUCAUUGAUCCUGGAUUCUCCAAGCAAAAUGUGUACAAUCCACGUGUGCGUGUGUCUUCAUUGUUAGUCAGUCCCAUUUCUAAAGCAAGCGCACAACAACGAUCUGGUCGUGCUGGUCGCACACAGCCAGGAAAGUGUUUCCGUCUAUACACUGAAAAGGCAUUCAUUGAGGAUCUUCAGGAACAAACAUAUCCUGAAAUCUUGCGAUGUGAGCUUGGUAGUAUUGUACUUCAGCUCAAAAAACUCAAGAUUGACGAUUUAGUUCAUUUUGAUUUUAUGGAUGCACCAGCUCCAGAAACCAUGAUGCGUGCUCUUGAAGUACUCAAUUAUCUUGGCGCUCUUGACGAUGAAGGCGAUUUGACCCGGCUUGGUGAAAUUAUGGCCGAGUUUCCACUAGAACCCACUUUGGCCAAGAUGGUGAUUGCCUCGCCUGAAUUCAAGUGCUCAAAUGAGAUUCUCACCAUUAUUGCUAUGCUCUCUGCUCCAAAUCCCUUUUUGCGUCCCAACGAUCAACGCCGUCAAGCCGAUGCAGCCAAAGCCGAGUUUGAUCACGCCUAUGGUGAUCAUCUCACUCUCCUCAACGUAUUUCAUGCCUACCUGUCUAAUGGAUGCGAUCAAAAGUGGUGCUAUAACAACUACUUGAACGCACGGUCUCUCAAAAAUGCCGAAAAUGUGCGUUCCCAACUCGAACGUGUCAUGACCCGUAUGGGAAUCAACUUGGUAUCAACACAUGUUGAUGAUCCUCAUUAUGAUCGCAAUAUUCGCAAAGCAUUGACUGCAGGAUCGUUUAUGUAUGUUGCACAUCGCGAAAAAAGUGGAUUGUACAUGACUAGCAAAGAUAAUCAGAUUGUGCAACUGCAUCCAUCAUGCUGUAUUGGAAACAAACCAGAAUGGGUCAUUUAUCACGAGUAUGUGCUUACGAAAAAAAACUAUAUACGUACAUGUACGACCAUCUCUGGCGAAUGGCUAUUGGAACUUGCACCAGCAUACUACGAUCUCAGCAACUUUCCUGAAUGUGAAUCCAAACGAGUUCUCAAAAGAAUGGUGCUAUCAGAUGCCAAGAAAUCAUCAAAGAAUGCAUUACCUAAAGGAAACAAAUACAAAUAA